AUGGCCUCGAAGGCGAAAACCAUGGCAAGACAGCGUUGUUCGAGUAUGCUUUGCCUCCGAGGCUCAUCUGGAACCACAUUGACAAACGGUGCAACACCGGCGAUCUCGAGGAAGAGACGCUCGCUAGGCGACCUCAUGAAGCGACCUAUUGCAGGGUCGAACGUCGCAGAGAGGAGUCGGGGAGAGGGCGAUCCAUCCAUCUCAUUUCCGUGGAACUUUCAGGUGGUCCUAAUACCACAUAGCACCAAGUUCAUGUGGAUGAGAGUCUCAACGGCUUGCCGGCAAGCUGGGCUGCCCAACUUGCCUCACGAGAAGAAGUCUAGUCUGUCAGUCGGGACAAAGGCGCGGCCACUGCAAGACGUUGACCACAACGCCGAUGCGCGAACGGGAAUCUUCUGCUUCGGACCGAGGAAAGCCUUUGUGCAUAACAAAGCUGUUGUAGUCGAGGUUUCUUCGCCGCAGGGGGAUCCGGGUAUCACUACGCCAUGGGGCUUCAAGGUAGGAACUCUUCGCCCCUCUUUGAUUAACAGCAUGUUCACAUCCUCCUCUGAGCAGCACAACAUCCAUGUGGACGAGAACUUUAACGGUCUCCCGUCAGGAUGGACAAGGCCAGACGAAGCACGGAGAAUCAACACGCUGCUGGACAUGGCUCCUGAGGCAGAUGCAGCUAUCAGCGUGCCGUGGAACUUCAAACAUUGCUUCCACGUAUCCGCUGGUUUGAACGGGAUCCCGACGGGACUACCACCGACAUUUUUCGAACGUCUCGGCGAGCUGGGCUUCACUGAGGGCGAAAUCGCUGCCAUUCGUAAGUACAGUUCCAUUUUCGCCGCGUCCGUGCUGGCGUGGCGCCUGCAUGAAACAGUCGCUCAGUCACCCUUGCUGUGCAGGUGCGGCGUCCUAAGGACACUUUUCCCCACUGACGGACGGUUUGCGGACGGUCAGGUACCCUCGUUUUUGUCUUGGAAUCGGACCUGGUAGUCCUUGUAUUUCUAUAACUUAUUUGCCCGCGUAUCUGUCAAGUGUUUACCGGUCUCUCAUCCCGUAUCUAUGCCAUGUAUCCUAUCCUGUCUUGCUGAUCUCGAUCUGCGAAUGCAUAGCCAUAUUGUUUCGUCUGA